CUCGAUCGCGAAGACGUCCCGAUCUAUCAGUUCACGCUGAUUGCCGGGGACAGCUCACCGACGGAGCCGCGGGCCACCACCGUCAAUCUGACGAUCGUGGUGCAGGAUCUGAACGAUAAUAGUCCCGCGUUCGGUGCGUCCACCUUCCACGUCACCAUCCCGGAUCGCAUCAAACCGGGCCAGUUCGUGUUCGGCGCCAAAGCGAUCGACCGUGACGAGGGCAUCAAUUCGCGCAUCCUGUACGCGAUCACCGGCAAGGAUGCGGCCAAAUUUCGCAUCAACGAGCACACGGGAGUGAUUGAGGCGGCAGUCGAACUCUCGACACCGGUGUCCGGCUCCAAUCCGGCCGAUCUCGUCUAUCGGCUCACGAUCGUGGCGAAUGAUCAGGGUUACGAGCCACGAUCGGUCAGUUGCGAGCUAGCGAUCUCACUGAAACCCGCCCACCUCUUCCCGGUGUUUUCCUAUCCCUCGGAGACGCAAUUUGUGCUGCCGGAGGACAUUAGCGAUGGGAAGGUGGUAACGAAGCUGGCCGCUACUUCACCCAAGAAGGGUGCAAUCGGGAACAUUCGAUACGCGAUCGCUGGUGGGAAUAUCGGAGAAGCACUGCGUAUCAACGCGAACAGCGGGGAGGUCACGGUGAACCGUGGUGGACUGGAUUACGAGCGCAACCAACAGUACGAGGUGUGGAUUGAGGCAGCCGAUUCCGAUCGACCGAGCUUACGCAGUGUGCUGCAGCUGAUCGUCAACGUAACGGAUGCGAACGAUAACGCACCGGUCAUGGAUCAGCAGGUGUACGUGGCGGAAGUGAUGGAAGAAGAGUCCCCGUCCCAGCUGAUCGCCAAAGUAUCUGCCACGGAUGCGGACUCGGAUGAGAAUGGGCAGAUCACGUACCAGCUGCGCGAUGACUUUGAAGCGUUCGAAAUCAACACGGACACGGGUGAGAUCUACACCACGGUACGGCUCGAUCGCGAGGAAAUGGCAUUCUACACGCUGACGGUUGAUGCCGUGGAUCAAGGGGUACCACAGCUGACCGGAAGUGCCGCGGUGCUGGUGAACGUGCUGGACAAGAACGACAAUCCGCCCAAAUUUACGCGCCUCUUCUCGGUCAACGUGACGGAGAAUGCGGAAAUCGGGCAGUUUGUGAUCAAGAUCACGUCUUCGGAUUCGGAUGUUGGGAUUAACGCGAACGCGACCUACAUCUUCACGGAGAAUAUUGGCAACAAGUUUAGCAUCGAUUCGACGACGGGGAAUGUGACGGUAGCGGGCCACCUGGACCGUGAGCUGCAGGACGAGUUCAUCCUGAAGGUGGCGGCCGUCGAUGGAGCGUGGCGUACGGAGACCCCACUAACGAUCACGAUCCAGGAUCAGAACGAUAAUGCGCCCGAGUUUGAGCACAGUUACUACAGUUUCAACUUCCCCGAGCUCCAGAAACCGAUCCAGUUCGUCGGUCAGGUGAUUGCGACCGAUCGUGACAAGCAAGGUCCGAAUUCGGUCAUUUCGUACUCACUCCAGCAACCGUCGGAUAUGUUUUCGAUCGAUCCGGCCACUGGGGAGCUGUUUAGCAAGCGACGGAUCCACUACAAGCACACCCAGAUGUUCCCAUCGCCGGAGAACAUGUUCAGCUUGACGGUGCUGGCCACCGACAACGGGAAACCACCGAUGUACACCGAGUGUCUCGUGAACGUAAACAUUGUCGAUGCAAACAACAAUCCUCCGGUGUUUUCGCAAACGUCCUACCUGGCACCAGCCCCCAAGGGAGCGACUGUUGGCCAACGGAUACUGCAGUUGAUCGCGAAGGAUGAGCUGGAUUUCGGAGUGAAUGCGGAGAUCGAGUACCAGGUGAUGGGUGGCAAUGGAUCGAGCAAGUUCGCGGUGAACAAGCUCGAUGGUUGGGUUGUGGUUAGCGGAAUACUCAACGAGGCUCCUGGUACGCUCUACACACUGAGCGUGCGUGCCAUCGAUCGUGGUGUACCACCGCAGCAGGAUGAAGUGACGGUUACGAUCAUUGUGACCGGAGUGAACAACUUUGCGCCCGUUUUCCAGAGCCCUUCGUAUCAGGUGAUCGUCCCGGAGAAUGAACCAGUCGGUUCGACGAUACUGACCGUCAGUGCACCGGAUAACGAUGAUGGACCGAACGGGAUGGUGCACUACUCGAUACUGGCGGGCAACGAACGGAACGAUUUCUCCGUCCACACCGUUACCGGUGCGAUCGUUAUACGGCAACCGCUCGACUACGAUCUGGUGCAGAUGUACCAGCUCAACAUUUCGGCCGAAGAUCUCGGCUACAAGUCGAAGAAAUCGAUCGCCCUCGUCACGAUCACACUGACGGACAUUAACGACAAUGCACCGUACUUCAACCAAUCGCUGUACAAUGCGUACAUCGCGGAGAACUCACCCGCCAGUUCGUUCGUUUACCGUGCCCUGGCCCACGAUCGUGACUCACCGAAGAAUGCCAUCAUCGUGUACUCGAUCAUCGGUGGCACCGGGAAGGAACUGUUCACGAUCGAACCCGGGAGCGGAGUGAUCAGUUCACGCACAACCUUCGACUACGAGGAACAAGAUCGCUACACACUGAUCGUCGGUGCGGCAAAUCCGGAUUCGGUGAUGCGCAACGAAACGAAAGUGAUCGUACACAUCACGGGAGUGAACGAGUACUACCCGAAGUUCGUUCAACCCGUGUUCCACUUUGAUGUUUCGGAAUCGGCCGAGAUCGGUUCGAGUGUGGGCAGUAUUCAGGCGACGGAUAAGGAUGCAGGAGAGGAUGGUAAGGUGUACUAUCUGCUGGUCGGGUCGAGCAACGAUAAAGGCUUCAGCAUACACGCCGAUACCGGUGUGAUCGUGGUGUCGCGCAAUCUCGAUCGUGAAACACAAUCCCGGGUCGUACUGACGGUGCUGGCCAAGAACUACGGUGGUAUCCGAGGUAAUGACACGGAUGAGGCACAAGUCAUCAUCUCCAUCCAGGAUGGGAACGAUCCGCCCGAAUUUCUGCUCGAUCGCUACGAAACGACAAUCUCGGAAGGUGAUCCACCCGGUACCAAGGUGCCAGUGACGGUCAAAGCGAUCGACAAGGAUGUACGACCGCAAAACAACCAAUUCAGCUACAGCAUCAUCGGUGGCAACAAUGAUCAUUCGUUCAAGAUCGAUCCACAGUCGGGGCAGAUCGAAACAGCCCGAUUGCUGGACCGUGAGCGGAUCCCCGUGCACAAGCUGAUCGUGGGAGCGAUCGAUACGGGCGUUCCACCGCAAACCGGAACCACCCUCGUCCAGAUCACCCUCUCGGACAUUAACGACAAUGGGCCAACGUUCGAGGGGAAUGAUACGAUCGGUUCAGUGCUGGAGAAUGAACCUCCAAAUACGGUCGUCAUGACACUCAGCGCUAGCGAUCCGGAUCUCCCUCCGAAUGGAGCACCCUUCACGUACCAUCUCGUCGGUGGACGUCACAAAUCGUUCUUCACGCUCGAAAAGCAUACCGGUGUGCUGCGAACGGUUCGUGCGAUCGAUCGCGAGACGACAGCGCAGCUUGAGCUGCUGGUUGAGGUGGAGGAUAAUGGUAGUCCACGGAUGCGCACCCAGCACACGAUCCUGGUGAACGUGAUCGAUCAGAACGAUAGCCCAUCGACACCGCGCAUCGUCCAUGUGCUGGUGUACGUGUUCAAUGGCAUUCCACGGGGUGAUAUCGCCAACGUACAUCCGAACGAUCCCGAUCUAAACAGUGACUAUCGGUGUAAGAUCGUCAGUGAUCUCAACAAACAACCGGUGACGGCAUUCACGAUCAGUAGCGGAUGUUUGCUGCGACCGACUAGUGCUGCAGCAGUGGCCACCAGCCAACCUGGCAGUGGUGGUGGCGCUGGCGGUGGUUAUACAUUCCUCGUGUCCGGUAACGAUGGAAAGCACUCGGACGUCAUCUCGACCGUUUCGGUGGAGUUCCUCCACUUUGACAACAGCACAGUCGAGAGCUCCGUCACGAUCGCACUGGCCAACGUGAGCAGUGCCGUGUUUUUGGCCAACUACUACCGGAACUUUGUGGAUAUUGCUAAAUCCGCGAUCGAACCGGCGGAUGAGCUGCUUCUGUACAGCUUGGCGGAUGUCGAUCGGUCACUUCACAUUACGAUCGCCAUCCGGAGUGCGGCCACCAAGGGUUAUCGACCGAAGCAGUACGUGGUUGGCCGGUUGUCCCGCAAACUAGAAGCCAUCAAUCAACUGCUCGUCGGGGUUGGUGGGAAUGCUGCUGCUGCUGUCGUCAUCGGAUACGUACCAUGCCGUCCGGAUACGUGCGAAAAUGGAGGAACGUGCAAUUCACGGAUUCAAGUGCACGACCAGAACCACAUCACCGACAGUCCAUCGCUCAUUUUCACCUCUCCGCUUGUGCGGAACGAUUUCACGUGCCGGUGUUUGGACGGAUAUACCGGUGCGCGGUGUGAUAAGCGACAGGAUCCGUGCUCACCGAACCCUUGCCAUGCCGGUGGUCAGUGCCGUCGCCAGGGGUACGAUUUCCAAUGUAGCUGCCCGACGAAUCGUGAAGGCAAGUACUGCCAGCUCGAGCGUGGGGACAUUUGUUCCAGUGGACCGUGCAAGAACGGUGGUUCGUGCCGGGAGAGUUCCGAUGGAUCGAGUUUCUUCUGCCUCUGCCGACCCGGUUAUCGAGGGAAUCAGUGUGAAACGGUGGCCGAUUCCUGUCGUCCGAAUCCCUGUCUGUACGGUGGCCAGUGCGUGAGCUUGAAACCGGGCUACAAGUGUAGCUGCGUUGAUGGACGGUAUGGGCGGCACUGUGAGAAGACCACGUUCGGUUUCCGCGAGCUCUCGUAUAUGGCUUUUCCGGCACUGGAUUCGGCUACGAAUGAUAUUUCGGUGAUUUUUGCCACCACCAAACCGGAUGCACUGCUCGUGUACAACUACGGUAUCCAGAGCGGUGGACGGUCGGACUUUGUCGCCAUGGAAGUGGUGAAUGGGAGGGCGGUGUUUUCGUUCGGUGGUGCCCGGACUGCCAUCACUUCGCUGGUGGUUGGUGCACCGUCGUCGCUGUCGAAUGGUGAGUGGCACAAAAUUACCGCGACACGGAAUGGCCGCGUCAUGUCACUGACGGUGAGCAAGUGUACGGACAAUGGUGACUACUGCGAUGACUGUCGUCCUGGUGAUUCCGCCUGCUAUGCUGACGAUACGGGACCAACGGGGACACUGAAUUUCAACAACCAUUAUCUACUGGUGGGAGGACUUAUGGCAGCCGAUCCGGUUCUCGAGCGACCGGGACAGGUGCAUUCGGACGAUCUGGUCGGUUGUGUGCACAGUGUUUCGAUUAAUGGCCGUGCGUUGAAUCUGAGUCAUCCAAUCAAAUCGUACGGCAUCGAACGGACGUGUCAGCGACGGUCGAAUGGUGGCGGAGGUCCUUGUAGUCUCGGUUUACCCGGUGAUCCAGCACAACCACUGUGCGGUCCUUAUGGCCAGUGUAUGGACCGUUGGAACACGGCCCUGUGUCGGUGUGGCGAUGCCAUCCUUUCGCCCGAUUGCUACAACUCCCUGGAACCGUACUCCCUCCAGGAUGGUGCAUUCAUCGAGUACCAGAUUUCGGAGAAACACAAGCGUAUGCAGCUGCUGGAGAACAUUUACAGUGGCCGGGGAAACAUCUGGAGUUACGAUGUGACACGCAACAAGCGGUACUCGGCCGGGCAGCAGCCACGGGCCACCGAGAGCAUGUCCACGCUGACGAUUGCCGAAGAUCCGCCCAAGUACAUGAGCAUCCUGUUCAAGACGAACAAAGAGAACGGAUUGUUGAUCUACGCCGCCACCAACAAGCACUUUACCUCGAUCGAACUGAAGCAGGGCCGUCUGUCGUACACCUCGAACCAGACGUCCUACGUUAAUGUGUCCUCUUACCCGCAUGACAGUGCCGGCGCUAAUGGUGGCAGCUCCGGUGGAUCACUCGCCGAUGGACGGUGGCAUAAUGUGACGAUUCAUUCGCAUAAUCGUAUCCUGCAGGUGCUGAUCGAUGGGCGGAAUGUGGUGUCCGGUGAUUUGGAUGCAUCGGGGGUGCACGAUUUCCUCGAUCCCUACCUGACGGUCCUGUCCGUUGGGAAUGUGCGGCGCGAAUCGUUCGUUGGUGAGGUGAUGCCAGCGUACUUCCAGGGUUGUCUGGCGAACUUUACGAUCAACGGCGAGAUUCAACCGUUCAACGGGUCGGGCAGUAUCUUCCAGACGGUGGUGCAUCAUGGCGCUGGGGUGUUGCAGGGUUGCGCCUGGGAUGUGCUCGGUACGGCGCAGGUGACGAAUCCGCUCAACAUCGGCAUCACGCUGGUGAUCGUUUUCUUUGUGAUGCUGCUGAUCGGGAUCUUUAUCUCGUUCCUGGUCGUGCGCUGUCGCAAGCAGCACAAGGAGAAAAGUGGUGCCCUGGUCGGUGGCCACUCGUCGGUGGGGCUCCAUUCGUCGAAGCAACAGAAUGGAGGCGCCACGAUGCUCGGUGGUGUCGGUGGUCUCGUAUCGAACGUGGGCAGUGGAGGGCCCGGUGGUGGCGGUGGAGUUGGUGGUGGUGCAGGAGGUAUUGGCGCAAUGCACGGUGGUGACGGUCAGGGGCGCAGUUUACACGUGAACGAUCUUUCGAUCGUGGGCUAUCAUACGGAGAAUGGGGCGGAUAUGUUGCGUGGUGUCGGUGGCCAUCAUCUCGUCGGUCCGGAGUUGAUUUCGAAAAAGUACAAAGAACGGGAUCUCAACUCUGGUGAACCACAGCGUCCCCAGCGGCCAGAUAUUAUCGAACGGGAGGUGGUGAGCAAGAGUCCUCCGUUGCGGGAAGAUCAUCAUCCACCGUUGCCACCACCGAGCCAGUCACAUCAUGCGCACGAUCACACCAACCCGUCGAUGGACCUGGGUUCGGAGUAUCCCGAGCACUACGAUCUGGAGAAUGCCAGUUCGAUCGCACCGUCAGACAUCGAUAUCGUGUAUCACUACAAGGGUUACCGGGAGGCGGGUGGUGUGAGGAAGUACAAAGCCACACCACCGCCGGUGGCAACGUAUACGCACCACAAGCACCAAACGUCGGCUGCCCAGCAGCAACAGCAUCGCCAUUCGCCGCAUCACGCCGGUCCGUACGCACCGAGGGUUCCGCCACAAGCUAGUCAACCGCCACCCUCGAAUCCUACACCUCGCCAGCAUCAAUCGACCCCACUGGCCCGCCUUUCACCCAGUUCCGAGCUGAGUUCGCAGCAACCGCGCAUUCUCACGCUUCAUGACAUCUCGGGAAAGCCGCUCCAGAGUGCACUCCUGGCUACGACGUCCAGUUCGGGCGGUGUGGGCAAGGAUGCACUGCACAGUAACAGUGAGCGUAGCCUCAACAGCCCCGUGAUGAGCCAACUGUCCGGUCAGAGCUCGAGUGCAAGCCGUAAAAAUCCCGGUGGACCUUCGCAACCAUCGAACGUCAACUCGGUCGUCGUUGUGCCGGUGGUCGGUCCGAUGGGACUGACGGCCGAGGAGAUUGAACGGUUAAACUCACGCCCCCGGACCUCCAGUCUCGUGUCGACGCUGGAUGCCGUGUCUAGCAGCAGUGAAGCGCCCCGUGGCGUACCGGCCCCUCAUCUUACCCACAUGCAUCACUCGCCCGCCGUCGAUGCACACAGUUCUACCUCAACCGAUGAGAGUGGCAACGAUAGCUUCACCUGCUCCGAGAUCGAGUACGAUAACAACAGUUUGAACGGGGACACGAGCGCGACCAUCAGCACCGGCAACAACAACAACAACAACAACAACAACAAGUAUCACGGAAAAUCGGCCCGCGAUGAGGCGAGCAACGGGGGCAAGCUCGGUCGUUCGGUCGAUGUCGGUGGGAAUGGCGGUGGACCGGGCAGUGGUAAACCGGGACCACCGCACCUACCACCGGCCUCAUCGUACGAUGGGUUCGAUUCGUCGUUCCGUGGAUCGCUCAGCACGCUCGUCGCUUCGGAUGAUGAUCUGUCGAGCCACAUGGUCGGUAUCUAUCGGCAACCGAACGGCGGGGGCACAUCGCCCCAGUCGGCCACCGGUUGGGACUAUCUGCUCAACUGGGGGCCCAACUUUGAGAGUCUCAUGGGUGUGUUCAAGGAUAUUGCCGAGCUGCCGGACACGGUGAACCGUGGGCGGGUGCCCAGUUCGCUCCGCAUACCGACCGGUGUACAGAAACCACCGGAAGAGUACGUCUAGGAGGCCUAGAACAGUCGAUAGAGCAAUAGAAAUGUGUAAAAUAAAUUGUACAAAAAUUGCACCCAGCAACCCUAGGUGGUGAAGAAGCAAACUCUAGCUAAAUGAAAUGAUCAAUGCGUGAAGCGCGCUGUAGAUAUGCGGUAGAGAGUGAGGUAGAAGGGGAAAAGAUAGAUGCGCCAGGAUGAGCCAGAAGACAUGGACUGGAUGCCUUGUAUCAAGGACUUCCACACAAAGCGAUUGGCAAGCGCAGGUGCAUGAGAACCCCCGGGGGAAAUCGUAUAGAUAGUGUAGAUAUGUAGUGUUUUACAUUUUACUGCUUAAACUACCAUUAAAACACAGACGCACGCAAGUGCGUUGCAUUUAUCCAGCAGCGAGCGGCCAACUAGAUGAAAUCGUUGCGUUACCCGUCCCUCGACAGGCGCUCGCCAAAAUGUGUGCUACCGCUGCCGUGCUCUCUACGCAGGAUCAAAGGAACCAUCGGAACCAAGGUUUGAACGGGUGGUCAUUGUAAAUAUUUUCCUUCUUUUUUUAAACGUGUAUGUCCGAAACCUGCGCGAUAUGCUUGCCAUAUGCUUUUAAGUAAACGCGGUAGAGAAAAAAAGAGAAGAAUAGAGCAGGUUACGAGAGAAAAAGAAAGAGAGAGAGAGAGUGCGGGCGAAAUACGAAUUAUACGUACCAGGAGCCUAGAAGAGGGGGGGGGGGAAAGAAAAAAAAUUAUCUAAACAAAACCGGCCAUGUCACAGCCAGAGCAUGUGUGUUAAUGUGUAAAAGAGAAACGCGAGAAACUGUUAUGAGACUGGACUUUUAAUUACUUAGCAACGUUCGUUUUUAACCACCCGCGGCGGAACUCCCGCGCCCCGAAAGGCGCUUUUUAUUUUUAGGCUUAGAAGGGGGGAGGGGCGCUCCCUUGUUCGGUUCGGUUGUUUUAUUAAAAAGUUUUGCGCAUAUUAUUUUCGGCCCCAUCACAAUCCACCCACCCAGCCCGCGCCCACCAGCCCGCGCCCGCUCGAAACGGUCAUCACUCAGGUAGAGAGCGAGGAUCACGGAGGGGGUGGGGGGGUGGGAGUGAUUUUAAAAUAGAGAGUGACUCGACUCGACUCGGCCAUCGCGGCCAUGCGGCAUCGGCAACGGAAAAUCAAUCCACAUGACAUCAUUUUUCUCGAAA